AUGCCCUCCAUGGUGGUCCCCAAAGCUUUUCGCUCAGCCUCAGCCGCCAAUUGCCGCGUCCAGAUCUCUGCCUUACAGCGUAGGCGGUCCUACUUCUCCAUUCACCAUCCCGAUCCUCCUCCAUUCCUCGAACCUCAAGAUCGAAUCCUUUCCGCUGCCAUCUCCCACGUGCCGAAUCACGGUUUCACAGACGAAGCGCUGGCUUUGGGUGCGAAAGAUGCAGGAUACCUGGAUGUCACCGCCCAGCUCUUCCCCCGUGGGGUGUUUGACCUCAUCCAUUAUCAUCUCGUAACGCAAAGACUUGCGCUGAAGAACAAUGUACAAUUCCCACCCGGUGUCAAUCUUGGCUUGGGGGCCAAGGUCAGAACAUUGACGAUGGCACGGUUGAGAGCAAACGCAGGCAUCAUACACCAAUGGCAAGGGGCGCUCAGCUAUAUGUCUCUCCUCGGAAACAUUCCAGCUUCGCUGAAAGAACUCAACGCCCUUUCUGACGAAAUCUGGUACCUUGCCGGCGAUGGUGCUGUCGAUUUCUCCUGGUAUACGAAACGAGCGUCUCUUGCGGCCGUCUAUGCAAGCUCGGAAAUGUUCAUGACGACCGAUACUUCCAGAGAUUUUGCCCUGACGGAGGAAUUUCUCGAUCGCCGACUGAAAGAUGUACAAAACGUGGGCAGGACUCUAGGAGGUGUCUCACAGUACAUCGGCUUUUGGGCCGGUAACAGCGUCAACUUGGCCAGGUCUUGGGGAAUGAAGAUAUAA